GGUGAAUUGACUGCUCUGGGAAAAGUCACCAGAAGAUCCUGAAGUCUACAGGAUGCCACAGAACCCUCCAUCUGUGCGGAAGCGUCUUUUAGUAGUUACAAUAAAACAGUUUAAAGGAGAGUGCCGAUGAGAAGAUCUACAACCAGAGUCUCCGAGGCUGUGUUACAGUGGCAACCAUCAGAGGGUGAAGACCAUUAUGCUUCAGCAUGAGCUUUCUGCUACGUGCAAAUUCUUUAAGACCUGACAUUAAGACAAAGAAGCAAAAAAGACUAACAGAUCAGAAGAUUGCUGUGUAACACUAGUGACAAGCAAAGACAAAUGAUUGCAGAUCAGGUUCUCUAACAAUGCCAACUCUUGUUCUAUGAACUUGAAGAUUAAACUAACGAGAAAAAAACUGAAAAAAUACAGCUGUGAAUGAUGAAAAGCAGUCUGACACAACUUGGUGCCCUCUGGGCACUUCUGUCUUUCCUAUCAGCUGCUGCCAGCUGCACCAGUUUCUUCAUGCCAUAUUGGUUGUAUGGCUUCCAAAUGGGGAAACCAGUUUCAUUUAGCACUUUCCGCCGUUGUACGUACCCUGCUCAAGCAGAUGAGAAGAACUUGGUUAUGGUUGAAGAAUGUGGAAGAUAUGCCAGCUUUAGUGCCAUUCCUAGCCUAUCCUGGCAGAUCUGUACUCUUGUGACGGGCAUUGGUUGUGCUUUACUCCUUUUAGUGUCUCUAGCUGCGGUUCUUGGCUGUUGUAUUGGUGACCUCAUCUCCAGAAUGACCGGUAGAGUUCAAGGGGCUAUGCAGUUUAUUGGAGGACUCCUCAUUAGCUCCGGAUGUGCCCUGUAUCCACUGGGGUGGAACAGCCCUGAAAUCCAGCAGGCGUGUGGCAAUGUUUCCAGUCAGUUCCAAUUAGGAACCUGCAAGAUCGGCUGGGCUUAUUACUGCACUGGUGGUGGAGCAGCGGUCGCCAUGCUGAUCUGUACAUGGUUGUCUUGUUUUGCUGGGAAGAAGAGUAAGCCGUCCCCUUAUUGACAAUGGACUAUUACUCGUAAUAACUAAUGUAGAUGAUUUGUUUCUGAUUAUUGCCAAGCCAUAAUGGGGAAGGCUAAAAUCCUCCUAACAGGAUGAAGCUGUGUAUAAAGUAUAUGCAAGGGGCUUGUUUAGCUUAAUGAAAGCAUAUAUGAAAGUACUGUGAUGAAGACUCAAAAAUGGCUGCGCCAUUCUUCAGUCCUGUGAAAGAAACAUUGCCAUAAACUGAUAUGAAAAUUAUGAUAGAUCACUUGAACGACAAAUUAUGGAAAUACUAUAUAAAAGAGAAUUUCACUGAAAUAAAUCAAUUGUAUUUGCGUAAUUGACUGAUUACUAUAAAU